GGAAAUUUUCCAUAAAGAAGUAGAUGAGAGAGAGUUGUCCUUUUGUGCGAUUUAUUGAAAUAAUAAAGAAAAUAAAAAUAAUGGGGAAAGCAAAUAAAAAGCAUGGAUGUUGAUCGUGCACAUCAACAAACCAAAAACCAGCUGGGGAGAUCAGUGCACACACCACGAAGGUGUGAUGCAAAGAGCCCACGAUCCUCAAGUUGCUUCUGCCUUUUAACCCCUUUCUCUGGUUCUGGUGGAAUGUCUCUCUGCAGCAAUGGAAUUGUUUGCGCCACCUUAUCUCGCUGUGAGUGAGAAUGUUUGCUUUCUCACUUCUGCAUCGUCAUGUCUUGUUAUCCAAAGGAAGGAACACCGAGCUUCCAAGACAAUAUGCAUUUGCUUUAACAGCCUUGGGUCUGGUGGGGAGUCAGAUAGGAUGGAGCCAGAGUCCGGGUGUAAGAGACAAACAUAUAUCAGAAAUUAUUAGUCAGUCAAAUGGAGCAUCAGAUGUUUAGACUUGAUGUACGUCAGGGCACAAGAGAUUAUUUGUUUGUGUAAGAAUGUUCAGUAUUGCACCUAACCAGCACAUGACGAGUGUGUUGGAUAAGAAACAGCACAAGGCAAAAUUUUUCCAUUACAGGGAAUUCGCCAGAACCUGUUUCUACGGUAGUCUACAGUCUACAGUGUGGACUGUAGACUGUUACGCCGCGUGAUUGGUCUGGUGUCUACGAUGGCCGGAACCAAUCGCGCUUCAAUGUCUACGGUCUACAGGUCACCGUAGACAGUUACGCUGUCCGAUUUGUCGGGGCUGAGUCUACAUGCGGACCCCCAACAACCAAUCACAGCGCUCGCUCUUUUCCAAAGGUAAACACACGCUGGACAGACGCUGACAUUUUUUUGCCGGAGACCAGAUUUUAUUCCUGUACGUUGCUUAAAUACAGUCCUAUUCUUUUCAGUGGUCAUUAAAUGCGCACACACGGUGACCGGACAUACAAAACCUCUGUUUGUGGCCACAGGUAAAGAUGGCAACAAUCCGCAUUGUGAACCCAGGUGCCCCUGCACAUCGUCAGCAGGCUGUGCUGCUGUCGAAAGAGGCAUGUCUUUACCGGGAGAAGAAAAAGGUCUUCCCAAAACCUCCCCUGGAACUGCUGAACCCACUCACUGCACUGGACCAUGCAGAGACAAUCCUCCAAGCAGAGGGAGUCCCUGCACUGUCACGACAGCAGUGUCUGGGACGGCUGGUGUUGCUGUUCGGCCAGUAUGGACACGCACCUUUCCACUGGCUUGUGGAGAACCACGUAGGCUGUAUGAAGUACUGAAGACAAGGACCUCCAGUUUCAGGCCCUCUUCAUGGCCAGAGGAUGAUGAUGAUGAUGAACUGGCAGCUGCAUCCCAGGCCGUGGAAGAUAGAAUAAAGUCCCAGGAUCCCCUGCCCUUGAAUUCGCCUUCAAAGACAUCCAAACAUGCCCCCCCGGAUGAGAAGCGUCACUCAGCCUCACAGAACACGUCUGCUGCCUGGCUGGAUGAGCCAGAGUCUACUGUUCAGCCCACAGAGGCUGGGUUAUGUUCCUCCUUUGCAGACACCUCUAAGUGACUUACCCGUGGAGUUAGACGGUUGGGCGCACCUGUGGGAGAAACCUGAUGGCAUCCCAUCUGCUGACAUUCACUGGCUUAAGGAAGACACCACAAGAGGAAUGUUCACCGCUGUUCAUGUGUACAAAGACAACACUGGUGUGCUCAAGAGGAGACGGGUGAUGGCAUCUGACCGCAUGUGGUUCUACCCUCCAGAACCUCCGGCCUAUGCCGGAGGGGUUCUGCCAGGCCCACAGCUUUUUUUCCGAAGCCGUGUGUUUGUGUGGCAUCCAGUUGGGGUUUGGAGGUGCUGGCUGAAGUGUCCACGUGGUGACAAGUGUGUGGGGGCAGGAAAUGAUGUGCACCUCUACAAGUCUGGCUAUCACCACCGGCCUCGUCACAUCUGCGACGUGUCCAGCUGGUACACAAUGCUGACUGAGGUUUUGUGCUGUGGCCGGUGUACCAAGGCAGGCAGGAACCAUGAGGGCAUUACGGUCGGACGGUGGCUUGCAUGGGAUGCUGCUAUUCUGGCACAGCUGAGCGAAGCCCAUCAAGCCAUGUUUCCUGGUGUUGUCACUAGCAAACGUGGCGUGGACAAAAACGUUGUGCGUCUUCUGCGUCACAGGACUGAAGGGAACACCAUGAUCAAAGUGUGGCGGCAGAUACAGAAAAAUCGUCAUGACACCACGCUGCUCAUGACUGUGGCAGAACCCGGAGGGAUUGUUUCUGCAUUGAGGCACAAGUUCCAGGCUCCACCUCCUCCAAGAGAGCUGCCUUCUGCGCCACUUUUGCGCCACGCCUUUCUUCUGGCUGAGGCCAAUAAUGUCCAGGACUACCGGAACCAGAUCCUUUCCUCUUUUGGCACAGUGUUAAAAAUGGAUUCCACCAAGAAAGUGGUGAAGAAGCUGUCUGGAGAGGGCCAGUAUUCACCAGUAUUGUCAAUGAAUUCUCCCAAAAAUUGACCUUUGUGUUGACCUGUGAGGAGUCCACAGAGAAGCUGGCGCCAAUGUGCAGUGGAGUCAUACAAAGGUUCCGACUGGUUAAUCAACCGGUCCCCAAAAUUUUGUAUGUGGACCAUGGGUGUUGUCGUGCACAAGGUCCAACAGCUGUUGAGACUCUGUCUGAGCGUUGGGUGAAAAGGGGGAUGGUUGUGCGUUUAGACAUUUUCCACAGGUUUCACCGAUUUGACGCAGCCAUUCGAACAGACAGUCACUCUAAGUACGCUGCCUUUAAGUCUGCGCUGGCUGUCAGGGCCAAGCACGACAGGGUGACGACUCUGUCUGAUGAAGACAUUGUCCGAGACCACAUUUUUAGGGACCACCUAAAACACCAUGUGCGGAGGAUCACGCUCGGGGCGCAGGAAACAUUCCGGCUCAUCCACAUGGCGAUUGAAGAGUUAAAGGGUCCGGCUGGGCUGAAUAAAAGCAAGAGGCCAUUGAUGACAUGUGGGCAAGCCAGCAGCGACACUUGGAGUGCAUCCAGGAUCCACCAGACAUGAUCAUGUACAGGGUGGCGCGUAUUACGACCAUCAACAAAGUGGAUGUGCCGUACUACAAAUGCCUGCGUGGAAGCAAUAGCCUGGAGGGAUUCCACAAGAUGUUGCCUAAUAUGAUUACAGGUCCCCACUGUGCUGCACGGCCUUAUCAUCAGGUUUACCUGAUAAAUGGCAUUGCACGGUGGAACGCUGACAGGAGCUCAGAUGCUGUGUUUGGGGGCAAAGGACGGAGGCACCGGACGUAUUCAGCGCCGCUGAUUGAUCGUCUCAACAGACGCUAUGAGCAGCUGUUUGGAACGACCGAGGAGGGGAAUUAUCGGGCCCCGGUUAAUGUGGCGUCUAACGAGCUGCUUGGGUUGGAGUACCUGUACCACAGGAGGACCACGGCCAUUUUCCCUGCAGGACAUGGUCCAUGAUGGACCUGGUCCAAAGGAGGAAGUGGUUCAGCCGGGUCACCAAGUUACAGAAGAGGCUGAUGAGGCCUAUCAGUGACCCAGAGGCCCAGACUGAUGUGCUGGAUGCUGGCCUGCCCCACAUCAAUAUGACCAGCCACGACACCUCUACUGUCCACUCACCAGCCUUUGAAGACACCUGCAGUCCAAGUCUCUUCCGGGCUUUGACAAGCUGGAGAAAUUCUGCUCUGUGCUAGUGGAGAUCGGCUUAACAGAGGAUAAGCUGUCACUUAACACUGAGCAGAGGUCCAAGGUCCUGGAGGCCUGGGAUGCAGUGGAGGAGCAUGACACGCAGCCACAAAGGUUCAACCAGCUGUACAGGACACACUGGGGCAACACUACUGUUGCACCAAGAGAGAUGAUCUUGUUGAUGCUGCAGUGAUUCAAAAGCAGACCUCUCUUCACAAACUGUAACCCCCUGUACAAUGCCCAGCAGCAGUACCCCUCCGUCCUGGGUAAGAUCUACCUACUACAAGCGGAAACGUGAUGACCAACCUUCAGCCCUGGAAACCAAGGUGAGAAACUUGCCAGCUUGUGCACUCUGUGGCAAACCCACUCAAGGACACUCUAAAUACAAAAAAAGGACAUUUUGCCCUGUAAAGAGCAUGUCUUCCUCAAAGGGACUGGAAAACAGAAUAUAUUCCAUCUACAAGGAAUUUGUAUCUGCUGUAGACGCUCUCAAGCAUUGAGCUUGUCCACAGAGCAGCUCCACUGUACAUGUCGUGAAUAGUUGUAAUAUUUUAUUAUAAAGCAGUAUUGUAGAUUUUUGAUGUUUAUGCAAAUGGUCAAGUUUAAGCAAUUGUGCACAGAGAGUAGCUCUAUUGUACAUGUUGUAAAUAGUUUUAAUAUUUAUAUUAAAACUUUACCUUUAUAUUUAAGUAAA